CUGGUUUUAUUUGUGUUCUGUGGUUCUGUUUUCUGUCAAGGAAAAUAGUAAACAGAUAAAACAGUUUAAAAUUUAAAUGAAUAUCAAAUCAAAUAACAUUAACAAUACCUUCUUAACUUUCUUUAGGAGGAAGACUUUUAUAUUAUACGUUCUCCUAUCGAAUUACUUCGAUUUUUUUCACACCGAAAUGAGAAAUCGAUUUGAAAAAUGGUAAAAAAAUGUUCACACAAAUAGUCAUUAUUUUCCUGUUCAUCAAUUCCCUUCAACCUUAUAUAUUUUCCAAAGAAAAUGAAGCAAAUGAAUUGAUUUCACAAGGUCGUGUGCAGUAUCAGCUACUUAGAGAAAGGGGAAGCUUACCAAAAUACGGGUCAUGUUGGAAAUCAGCUUUAGAAAUCGUGGAUAAUGGAUGUAGGGAGCUUUCUGAAGAAACUCAGUCUGACAUCGCUUUAGCCUUAGCAAAUUGUUUCCUAGAUAUGUCGGGGUUGGAAACACACCAUUGUGAAAUGGACAAAAAGCAGAAUUUGAGGAGAAUAUGCGUUAGUUCCAUGUCAGAUAAGGCUUUUAAUGUUUAUACAGAGUUCUAUACACAUACACUGAAUAUGUGUUGGUUUUUAAGAGGACAGAUUUGGCAGGAAACAAUAUCAGAAAAUACCCUUAAGGUUGGCAAACAACUUGAAACAUCUGCUGCCAAACAAGAAAUUCUUCUAGAGAUCCAAAGGGAAAGUUUAGACAUUCAAAGUACAAUGCUUCAGCAUAGUAAAGAUAUCGAAUCUGUGUUAUCAGAUUUAAGCAAAGCUGCACAAAAUAACAAGGAAAUAUUAUUAAUGUUAGGACAAGCUGUUAAUGAUCUUCAGUCUUGGUUAAUAGGAGAAGUUUCUUGGAUCAAUACUCUGGUAUUUUAUGUUUCCUCUGGAAUUUUUUUUAUUAUUGUGACGUCAACAAGACAAACAAUUAUAUCUAGACUACCAAUACUAACAUUGCUUAUGGUGAAUCUUUGUAUAGAAAGAGUUAUAUGUUCUUCUAUUUUAAGUAGAAAUGAUUUCAAAAUGAAUGCUAAUCAACUGUUUGGAAACAUUUUGGAUUAUGUCCAAGUCUUGAGAUAUUGCUUUUUAAUUAUUAGUUUUUGCAUCCUUUUUUACAAGGCCUAUUUUUAUGAAGAUCCCCUCAUGAAAAAUAAAGCAAUCUUACUUGAUAUUUUCAAACAAAACCAAAAUAUUUUGGAAAAUUUAAAGGCCCAUAAAAAUCUCAUUCCUGAUAGGGCUUAUUUAGUCUAUAAAGCAGAUAGUACACAAGAUCAUAAUGUAGAUACAAAAAAAUUAUUAGACACAGAGGAUUAUAGGAGCUCUUUGAAGAAUAUUAAAAAUGAUAAUAGUUCUUCCAGCCCAAAUCCUACAAAAGUAAGGGUAACAUCCAGUAAUUUCAAAUAUAAUCUUAGAAAACAACGAAAUACAACACCUGUUCUAGAUUGAAUAUGAUUCAAUGUAAGAAGAGUAAAAAUUUAUUUAUUGAUUAAAUCAUUGAAACUAA